AUGGGGCUGCUUUCCUCCAAAACUCUCAUCCAGGCACAUGCCGUGCUCCUGGUCGUCAUUGCCGGGUAUCUGAUCAAGAACCCGGAGUUUAUCACCGACUCCGACCUUGUGUUCAUGAUGGGCGAGGCCUUGAAAAUUGACUUCCCCGCCGUCACUAGCCCCACACAGUCGCCCUUCGUCUUCUGUUCCGUCCUACUCUUCACCGGAGCCGUGACCGACUUGAUCCUCCUGACCAGUCUUCCCUACCACGACGCGUUGGACGAGGCCCUGCCCUAUAUUCGACCCCUGCGCAAUGGAAAUCUGCCGGCGGAGGACCUCCAAGUGCUUGCGAAGUUGCCGGAGUAUAUCACAAAGUCUCUGACGAUGUACUGGAAUGUGUGGGUCGGAAUUUCCGCGCUUCGGUUUGGCGUGUACGGUGGCAUCUCGUUCUUCAUCUACCAGGCCCGUGGCAGCUAUCUGGCGUCUUCUUAUAAUACGGCGGCAGCGGUGUCGGGCUUGGAUCGCCUGAAGGAUCGCGUAGUCUUUACAUUCGCGUUCAUGGAGAUGAUGGUAUGGUUCUGGGUAUUCGUGACUUGUCGUGAGGAGCGACAGCAGAAAUUGACCAAGCUACUGGAGGAUGCCCGUGAGGAGGCUCGCCACAGCUAA